UUAACCACAGAAGUGUGUGUGUGUGUGAGGCAGAAAGACAGAGUUCCUUAGAAAUGCGUGCCUUUCUGUGUGUGUGUUUCAUCGCUGCAUUCAGCUGGAGUGCAGAAGGACAAGGGAACAUAAACGAAUACUGUAACAAUGUGGGAGACUUUGAGCCCUGCCUUCAGCCCUGGACCUGUACUGCAAACAUCAGCCAGUGCUACUGCAAGGGUGGAGCUCCGUACUGCAGAUGUAAUAAUUAUAUUGAUGAGUUUUAUCUUGGGAGUACCUGCUCUCAGAAAUGGACAACAUUGACUUUUGCCCUUGUAGCAACACUUCCUGGAUUGGCGUUGGCAUGUGUGAUCGGAGUCGCUGUUCACCUCGCACACACGUUUGGGAAAUCCAGUGAGAGGCAGAGACCAAAGUUGCAACUCGCCCAGAUUCCAGAGGAGGACUUGUUCCCUGGAGUUGUUUUUGCAUCUGAUGUGAACUCUCGCCAGGGCGCUCGUCCUCUCCCCGGCCCCCCACCAGCGCAGCUUCCCAUGGUAGCACCUCGACCCUACAGUGUGCCAGAUAAACAGUUUGGACCACCAAUGGGAGCGCCUCGAGCACAGUAUAGUGCACCUGAUAACACACGUCCUGCUUUCGACAGACCACCCGUGGGGCCACAGUACAAUGCACCUAAUAACACACGUCCUGCUUUUGACAGACCACCCGUGGGGCCACAGUACAAUCAGCCCCCCUUGUCUCCAACACUGAACGUACCUGACCGGACGGGACAGCAGCCCUACAGCUACACAGGGGGUGGAGCUCCGGCUCAGGUAAUCAGUAACCCAUAUGCUAGAGCGAGGAACCCGUAUGAGGAGCCCAGUGUGUAUACAGAACCGUCCAGCCCACCGACUUCACCACGCCCUUAUGAGAAUCAGAGGAUGGCCCCGCCCCCUGGCCCGCCCUACGGCGCCGCUGAUUAUCGCAGUGCAUUUCCUCGGGCUCAGAUCAGUCGGCAGUACUGACCUCCUGCACACACACACACACACACCUUACCUCAGUGUGUUCCUGAUGUUCAUUAAGAUUUACAUUUAUGAUCUAAUCAUCAAAUGUAAUGUUUCAUGUCAGCACUUUAGGUUCAGUUAAUGACUUAUAUUUAAUGAUUAAUAAUGUUAUGCUCGUUACACACUCUAGUUUAAAUAGAUUUAAAAAA